ACGCCUCCACGACAGCAACAAAUCUUGAAAUCUUCCCCUGAUCUGUCAAACCCCUAACCCAUUCAGCGCCUUCCUCUUCAUUAAAAGUGACACAACCAUUACGAAAAAACAACAACAUCCCUCAAAGUUCCCCCGUCUCGCCCCCGCCAUAAAAACCUCCCCCCAAAGUUCCGAAAAAUGUCGAAACCCCCAGAAUUCGCGCUUCCCCGUGCCCCGGAGGAGCUCAGUUUCAAGUCCUCGGACUUCAUCGCCCCGGACUUCGACGUCGACAACUUCCUCCACGACCACCGCAAACUCGCCACCCUCGAGACGAUGCGCGACGACCUGGGGGUCUACCUGAAGAUCCUGCGCUCAGCGAUGAUCGAGCUAAUCAACAAGGACUACGCGGACUUCGUGAACCUCUCGAAGGACCUGAUAGGCCUGGACAAGGCGAUAGAUCACCUGGAGUCGCCCCUGGGUCAGAUCCGCGAGGAAGUGCUGCAGAUCCGGCAGACCCUGGAGGCGGCGACGGUGGAGAUGUCGGAGGGGCUGAGGGAGCACCGGAGGAUCAGGGAGGAGAAGCAGUGCAUGCACAGUCUGGGGAGGGUCUACAAGUCCCUGACGAAGUUGCGGGUGAUGCUGGGGGGUGGGGGCGACCGCCAGCACCAGCUGGACCGCCUGGAGCGAGCGGCGACAGAGUACAAUCAACUGAAAUUUCACUCCUCGAGGUGCAGACAGUACCUCUCGGCGGAGGUCGAGGCCAAUGUCCAGGAACUCGAGGACGCCCUGAUGACGACGUUGUCGGAUCAGCUGGUGGGCAUCCUCCAGGAGGGGGAGGGGGCGGAGGGGCGGCUGGGGAGGUGCCUCAGGGUGUACCUGAGCUUGGGGAGGGUCGGGGAGGCCGAGGACUUGGUCAGGAGGAGGAUUGUCGGCCCUGCUGUUGAGGAUGUUAUUGUGGAGAAGAAUAUUUAUAAUGAACCCAGGGGUCUGCAGGGACUCUACGAUAAACUCCUGGAGGUGCUGAGCGGGGGCAUGAAGGGCCUCAUCGCAAUCGAGGGGAGCUUGGAGGCCCAUCAGGGGAGGGGAUUCAACUUCGUCGUUAAUUCUUAUUGGAUAGAAGUGGAAGAGAAAAUCGAGUUACGACUGAAAUCGAUCUUCGCAGCUGGCAACCCCGACCUCUUCCACCAGCGGUACAAGGAGACCCUGGACUACCUGAAGAGGAUGGAGAGCCACUGCAGCAGUCCCCGGAUCCUGUCCGAGCUGAGAGCUCACCCUCUCUACCUCCAGUUCCUUAAGAAGUGGAAUCUCCCAGUUUACUUUCAGAUUCGUUUCCAGGAGAUAGCAGGGAGUGUCGAGCAGACUCUGGGGCAGUCAGCGUCACCAGGGGUGAUGAAGCCUCGUGGGAGCCCUGAUGAGUUCACCCUGAAGCCAACCGAGGUCGCCUGGAGGUGCCUGGAGAGGUGCUGGAGCGAUGGGAUCUUCCUGCCCCAGUUGCUGCAUCAAUUCUGGAAACUCAAUCUCCAGAUUUGCUCGAGGUUCAGGGUCUGGGUGGGGGGCAGCCUGAGGCAGACCUGGAUCUGGAGCAAUGAGGGGACGACCCAGGGGACCCCUGGAGCCCCCAGCAGACUGGAGUUCCUGGUGUAUCUGCACUCUGAUGUCAUGAAGUUCGAGGGAAAGCUCGAGAAAUUGCUGGCUUUUGCUGAGGAGAAGCUGGGGAGUCUCGUUUGCUCUGUCGAGGAGGUCCUCAGGGCCUCCGUCGAGGAGAUGAGGGCAGGCUUGAGGGCUGACUUGCCGGGGAUCAGUGAGCAGAUCGUCAGGGAACUCCUGGGGAAGAGCCUCGAGUGCCUGAAGCAGGUCAGCGAUAUCCCCAGGCUAUUCAGGAGGACCAUGAGGGAGAGACCCACACAGGCUUGCGCUUACGUCAGGACUGCUGUCGGCGGGCUCAAGGAGUUCCGGGAGAUGUACCAGGGCGUCGGACAACAGGUGGUCGACCAGUGGAUGCUCAUGGCGCUCUCACGAUUAGCUGAACAGUAUUUUGUUUCGGUCAAGGAUGUGCUGGAGUCAGUGCAGAAGACCGAGGAGAGCCUCAGGAGGCUCAAGAAAAUCAGGGACAAGUCGUCAGGUGCACCUCAACCUGAAACCCAGGGAAUUACCGAUGACGAGAAAAUCAGGGUGCAGCUGGAAAUCGAUGUUCACACGUUUUGUGAUUCUGUCAAGUCCUUCAAUAUCGAUGUCUCGAGUAUUGAGAAGUUGGAGGAGUUGAGAUUGAUUGUUGAGGCUGCUGUGAAGAAUAGAAGUUGAAGGAAAGGAAAGGACAAUUAAUCCGAAGGAUUAAUUCACUAACUGUUUAGCAAAUGUCUCUGGAAUUUUAAUUUAUGCCUUCAAACCACAAUUCAUACGAUUUAAAGUGACUGUCUUCAGAACAAAAAGCGCUAUCAAAGAAUAUUGCGAGAAAAACAUUUGUAAAAUAUGUUCUUCUAUAGAAAUUCAUCUUAUGAAAAAUAUAAAAAAUCGUUUUUGAUAUUUUUCAAUUGAUCCACUAGUUUCAGAGACAUUUGUAAAAUUGUCUUCGACUAUUUCGUUAAUAUCUUAAAACGAAAAUUUAGUAAAACUACUGUUAAAUAAAAUUGUACACAUUUUUCUAAAUGUUAAUUUAUGUUUAUUGUUUACGCCCGUAUACAAGAGCAUACGUGUGAAAUUGUUCAGUGUACGAGUAUAGUACAUGAUAUAUUUUUAAAAUGAAUAUUAAUAAACCCCUGGAUAUCAAACCCAGGCGUCGAAAGAAUUCAAUAAAUCCCGCAAAUCAUUGGAUUAUAGCCAGUUAAUUACUUAUCUAAUAAUAAAAAUUGCAUUUUUAAUCCUUA